AUGGCCUCGCGCUUCGGCCUCCGCGCCGCCCAGACCACCUUCCGCCAGCCCGUCUCCCGCCAGAACAUCAACCGCUUCGCUCAAAGAAGAGUGCAGUCCACCGCAGCAGACGCCACCGCCAGCAAUGAAUCCGGCUUCAGCAAGUUCUGGAACUCCAAGGUCGGCCCAAAGACCGUUCACUUCUGGGCACCUAUCAUGAAAUGGGGCCUUGUCCUCGCCGGAGCCGCAGACUUUGCACGACCCGCCAAGGACCUCUCCCUCUCACAAAACGCCGCUCUCAUGGCGACUGGCCUGAUCUGGACCCGAUGGUGCUUUGUGAUCAAGCCUCGAAACUUGUUCUUGGCUUCCGUCAAUUUCUUGCUGUUCUGUGUUGGUGCGACGCAAGUCUCGAGAGUGCUGAGCUACCAGUCGAGCUUGAAGAACGAGGGUGUUGGUGAGGUGCUCAAGGAGGAUGCAAAGGCUGAGGGAAAGCACUUGGAGAAGGCUGCUGGACAGGCGGAGAAGGCUGUUGAGAAGAAGUUGUAG